GCUGGGGGUCAAAAAGAAAACCUUCCAUGAUGGGGCUCUGGCUGUUGCCCUGUUUUUCCCCCAGCCGUCCGGAGACGCUUUGGGAGGCAAUGGGAAGGGAGAAACAGGCAGAGGGGAGAAAGGUGUGGGUGUGUACACGUUUGAAUGAGCAGAGCUAAUCGACUUCAGCAGCCGCUGGACAGAAACUACCCGCCAGGCCCAAGUUACCCACCUCUGCAGGGUGGACACCUAGUCUUGUGGAAAACGACUUUAGUAAUCCCCCGCUUUUUUUCUUAUUUUAUAAGAAGGGGUGUCCUUCUGAAGUCUGUAUUUAAAGCUAGCACCAAUCUCAAGGUUGGUCAGUUAAGAUCUGGGGUUUGCCUCUUGUCUCAUUCCUACCUCCACCCCAUCCUGCAUUCCAGAGGAUGCAAAGUGGAAGGGAGAAAAAUAUCAUUCCAGAAGGUGCCCAAAGCCAGCUUCCUGUCCCCUAUUUUAUGAAGUCAGUUAUGGGUUUUUCACUGGAGUGGAGAGUGAAAGGAACAGGAUCAUGCUCUCCCUUCCUCCCCCUCUCCUCCUUAAAACCGGUCAGAACCACCCUAGGUAAGGAGGACCUUUGGGAGUCUUUGUGAAGACCUGAGGGCUUCCCAAGAGGAGAUAAGAACACUUCAGAUCAACUCCUUUAUGCAAAUGAGUGUCCUUGGAAAUACAGACUCUGAACUGGAAGGUCAAAGGGCAAAGAAUGGGAAUUGGGAAAAGUGACUGACCCUGGAGAGGAUUAAUUCUGAGGGAAGGGAGUGGUGAAGAAGUAGAGAUAGUUGACACUUCUCCUGUUUCUGUUUGUGUAUGUUGCUGUGGUUCUGGUCAGUAACGGGGCAAAAGAAGACCGGAAGCAUGUCGGAGUUUUGGUUAAUUUCUGCCCCUGGUGACAAGGAAAAUUUACAGGCUCUGGAGAGGAUGAAUACAGUAACCUCCAAGUCCAACUUGUCUUAUAACACCAAAUUCGUGAUUCCCGACUUCAAGGUGGGGACCUUGGAUUCCCUCGUUGGCCUCUCUGAUGAGUUGGGGAAACUCGAUGCCUUUGCUGAAAGCCUCAUAAGAAGAAUGGCCCAGAGCGUGGUGGACGUCAUGGAAGACGCAAAGGGGAAGGUUCAGGAGAACCUCCUGGCCAACGGAGGUUUGAAGGAUAAAAUGAAAUGUUUAAAGAUCGACUUAACAUCCUUUGUGACCCACUUUGAAUGGGACAUGGCCAAAUACCCUGCCAAGCAGCCGCUGGUGAGUGUGGUGGACACAGUAGCAAAGCAACUGGCACAAAUUGAGACUGACCUGAAGUCCCGAACAGCCUCAUACAAUACUCUGAAGACAAAUCUGGAGAACCUGGAGAGGAAGUCCAUGGGAAACCUCUUCACACGGACACUGAGCGACAUUGUGAGCAAAGAAGACUUUGUGUUGGAUUCCGAGUAUCUGAUCACACUUCUGGUCAUCGUCCCCAAACCAAGCUACACACAAUGGCAGAAAACUUACGAAUCCCUCUCGGACAUGGUGGUCCCUCGGUCGACCAAGUUGCUUGCUGAGGACAACGAAGGCGGCCUCUUCACUGUGACCCUGUUUCGAAAAGUGAUCGAUGAUUUUAAAAUCAAAGCCAAAGAAAAUAAGUUCACUGUCCGUGAAUAUUACUAUGAUGAAAAAGAAAUUAAGAGGGAAAGGGAAGAGAUGACCAGAUUGCUGUCCGAUAAGAAGCAACAGUAUCAAACUUCCUGUGUUGCUCUUAAAAAGGGAUCAUCCACCCUCCCGGACCACAGGGUUAAGGUAACCCCGCUAGGUAGCCCCGAUAGGCCUGCUGCGGGGCAGACGGACAGAGAGAGAGAGAGUGAGGGCGAGGGUGAGGGCCUCUUGGAGCUGCCCCCCCGCCCUGCCCCCAGCGAUGGAUGGUGCUUGUGGGCCAGGGUGCCUCUGCCCUGGCUGGAGGGCCCCCUGCUGCGCUGGCUUAAGGUGAACUUCAGCGAAGCCUUUAUCGCCUGGAUCCACAUCAAGGCGCUGCGGGUGUUUGUGGAGUCCGUGCUCAGGUAUGGACUACCAGUGAACUUCCAGGCAGUGCUCCUCCAGCCUAAGAAGUCAUCCACGAAACGUUUAAGAGAGGUCCUGAACUCCGUCUUCAGACAUCUGGAUCAAGUCGCAGCCGCAAGUAUAUUAGAUGCGUCUGUGGAGAUCCCUGGGCUGCAGCUCAACAACCAGGACUACUUUCCUUACGUCUACUUCCACAUCGACCUCAGUCUCCUGGACUAGAGACAGGCCGGCACCACUAAGCUUGCACAUUCCGCAAACCACUACAGAUGCGUCUUCCCGUCAGCCAGAACAGUUUAAGUGUCCUACAGAAUUUAGAUUUUUAGAGAAAUUGCUCACAAAAGUUAGUUAGAGUUGUAUUUAUUUUUUUUAAGUUACAAUAAAGAAAUGCUCAGUC